AUGGAGGAACUUCACCAAAAGCCGCCCAUGGGCUCCGGACCUCUUUUCCAAUUGCCACUUCAAGAACCUUCUCCACUAUCUCUCGUUGUCGUGGCCAUGGCGUCUCCAAUUCCUGAGAGAAUCAACCUCAAGAGCCUGAUGUAUGUAUGGUACACACAUACGGACAUCGACGCAGCGGACAAAUUUCUGACCGACUUUGGCCUCAUACGAGUGAAGGCAACACCAGACAAGAUUUGGUAUCGCGGCUUCGGUGAAAGCCCGGCCUGCUACAUAUCCGAGAAGUCCGCGGAUGGCAAGCCAGCAUUACUUGGCGGUGGAUGGAGUGUUGACACGUAUGACGACCUGAAGGCUGCAGCUGAACUACCGGGCGCUUCCCCCAUUUCCAAGGCCAAGAUGUCAUAG